GCCCCGCCGUCAAGCAGCUCGACCCCACCGCGGCCUCAAGUCCUCUGCCCGUCGCCAUGAACGCCGCAGGAGCACCAACGCCACCAGCAGCCGUGCGCCUCCUCCCUCGUCCCAGCGGAGCCCCGUCCUCCCCGCGCCUGUCCCGUGUGCCCGGCGCUCCAACCCCAAGAAGCAGCAGCGCCCGAGUGCUCCUCUCCUCGCCGCUCCUCCACCGCCCUGCUCAGUUCGUCGCCGUCUCCGCAAGAUCCGGCGAGGCCCUGCGUUCCCAGCCUCGUCCCCGCCUCCAGGCCGCCGCUGCGUCCCCUGCUUGUCGUCGCGCCGGCUUCUGCUUCCUCUUCUUCAAGCAGGAGUUCUGCUUGUCCCGCGCGCCUGAACACCGAGCAGCUGCGCUCGUUCUCGAGAGCGUUGACCAAGGCCCAGCGCCGCCCUAG